AUGAACUUGGGCAAGGAGGAAUCCCCACCCCAAGAGACUCUUCUCUUGUUUUUUCCCCAAACCAGGAUUUUUCAUUCCCAAACUGAGGCCAGAUGGAGGAGAAGGAAAAGCCCCAGAGAUCCCACACGAGGAGGGUCUGCAAACCCAUCCCAGGGAGCUGCGAGGAGGAAAGAUCCCCCCAGUGCCAGGAAGGCGGCCAGAGAUCCAGCCAGAGCUUGGAGCUGGGGGAGAAGCCUCAUGGUGGGGAGAAGCCCUACAAGUGCUUGGAAUGUGGGAAGGGCUUCAGAAAGAGCUCCCACCUGAUCCGGCACCAGGUGAUUCACACUGGGGAAAAGCCCUACGAGUGUGGGGAAUGUGGGAAGAGCUUCAACCACGGCUCCAGCCUCAUGCGGCACCAGGUGAUUCACACUGGGGAAAAGCCCUACGAGUGUGAGGAAUGUGGGAGGAGCUUCAGUGACCGCUCCAACCUGGUGCAUCACCAGAGGAGUCACACAGGGGAACAGCCCUACACCUGCUUGGAAUGUGGGAAGAGCUUUGGGUGGAGCUCUGACCUGAGGAAUCACCAGGUCAUGCACACCGGGGAGAAGCCGUACGAGUGUCCCGAGUGUGGGAAGAGGUUUCAGCGCAGCUCCACUCUCAUCAGACAUGAGCGGAUUCACACAGACGAGAGGCCCUUCCGCUGCCCCGACUGUGGGAAGAGCUUCAACCGCAACUCCACUCUUGUCAGUCACCGGCGCAUCCACACUGGGGAGAGGCCCUACGAGUGUCCCCAGUGUGGGAAGAGCUUCUCACGGAGCUCUAACCUGACCCAACACCAACGGAGGCACCAGUAAGGGAAGCCCUGCGAGUGCCCCGAGUGCGGGAAGAGCUUCGUGUGCUGCUCCAGCUCCAUCCCCCAUGGGAGGAUCGGCAUUGGAUGAUCCCCAGUGACCCCCGUUGGGCAGAGCCCGGGUGAUCCGUGGUUGUCGCCCUGAAAACUCAGCUUCUGAGCUUGCUAACAUAGUUUUCUAAAGACUU